CGUAGGGAACGUGUGAGGCUUCAGCCUUCAAGUGCCGUUGGGUUAGUUAAAACCUAAAACCGUGCACGUUUCCCCCCUCCUCUUGGAAGUAUCGAAACUCAUAUAUUGCGUUUAAGCUUCUCUCUAUUUUGGUUUCUCAGAUUUCCCACAACACUCACACACACUUCCUUCGAUCCCAUCGCCAAAUUUCUCUACAAAACUCCACCAACCCACCACACUUCUUCAAUCUUUCUGUCAAUAGAAUUCAAAACUCAAUAACUUAGGACAUCAUUCUUUCUUGGGUUUUGCUCUGAGAAGAGAGAGCAUGGCUUCUAUCUCUGUUCCAUGCCCCAAGACUGUCUUGGUUGCUGCUGGUGCGGGAUCCAACGCUCAAAAUCCACUACCAAAGCAUAGGAUCUCUUUUCCUCGACCACCCAAUUCCAAUCAGAACCCGUCUCUCUCUUUCGGAUCCACAGUGUCUGGUUUUGAGUGGCCUAAUAGGAAACAGCAGGCUGUUGUGAAGGUGCAGGCACAGCUGAAUGAGGCUAUUGCCAAGAAAUCUUCAAAUUCGGCGCUGGUGGUGGACACUGAACCCAAAGUUGCAUCGUCAGAGGGAGAGGAUGAACCCACAGAAAGCAAAAUUCCUGACGUGUCAUCUAUCUCAGCAUUUAUGACACAAGUAUCAGAACUUGUCAAACUAGUGGAUUCAAGAGAUAUCACCGAGCUGCAACUGAAGCAAUCAGAUUGUGAGCUUGUAAUAAGGAAAAAGGAGGCUUUGCAGCAAUCACCAGCAGCUGCUAUUCUUGCAAUGCAGCCUCCUUACCCACAUGCAACGUUUCCUGCUCCACUACCAGCAGCUGCUCCUGCCCCAGCUGCUGCUAUUCCCUCUCCAGCCCCUGCUCCUGCCCUGCCUUCUCCUGCAAAGGCAAGCCCGUCAUCUCAUCCACCACUGAAAUGCCCCAUGGCUGGAACCUUUUAUCGGAGUCCAGCUCCAGGUGAACCCCCAUUUGUGAAGGCGGGGGAUAAAGUGCAGAAAGGUCAAGUCAUUUGCAUCAUCGAGGCCAUGAAGCUAAUGAAUGAAAUCGAAGCUGAUCAAUCUGGAACCAUAACCGAGAUCCUGGCAGAGGAUGGGAAACCAGUUAGUGUGGACUCGCCUCUUUUUGUCAUUGUACCAUGAAUGACUUGCAAGGAGCUUCCUUCAAACUCUGUAGCCGCUACUGUUUUCGGAGAAGUAACUCUCAACUUUCAAUAUCCAGUCUCUUCUUUUUUUCCUUUUUUCUCUGUAAUUUUAUAGAAAUAAAAAGUCCGAGUUUGUACUCUAGUUUUGUAUUUGGAGUCUGGAAAAAGCCUUUGGCGAUACGAUAUGUAAGGGAUUCGGCAAUUUUCGAAAAAUAGAAUUCAGAAGCAUCAACUGGAAACCUGUAAUUUUUAUUCCUAGGGUCGAACUUGUAAGAAGCUGUAGCUGCCUCAGCCUCAGCUGUGCGCUGUGCAAUUUAAUUCAAGAAUUGGUUGGUUGAA